AUGGACGUGCCUCAGCUUCCCCCACCAGACGGCUCUCUGCCGACUCUCCCUCAAAUCGCCGACUUCCAUGCUACGCACCACCCGAACAGCCCAUGGUUCCUCUUUCCAUCCAAAGACUCUCCACAGGAGCUCGUGUCCGUCACCUAUCACGAGAUGGUACAGGCCAGCCACCGUGUUGCGCACAUCAUGCGACCCAACAGGGAGGGACCGGAUGGAGAGGUCAUUGCCCUGCUUCUCCAUACCGACACGCUCCUUUAUGUUACUGUCGUUCAUGGUCUCUUCCGGGCCGGUUUCGUGCCAUACCCAAUGUCUCCUCGUAACUCGCCGCAGGGGCUGGUUCACAUGCUCGAGACUGUGUCGUGUACCCGUAUCCUUGGUCAAGCUUCGACUUGUGGAUUGGUACAUCAGGUUGAGAGGGAGAUGCAAGCCAAGGGCAUCCAGCUUCGCAUCGACGAUAUGCCGGGGUUACCGGAGAUGUUCCCCCAGCUGGCUGGGAAGGCCAGUUCAACCUCCGCGGAGGUAGAGCCUUACCCUGCUUCGGACAAGCCUGUUGAGCCGCGCGCUCCGUCACUUUACUUCCAAACCUCUGGCUCGACUGGCUCUCCGAAGUCGAUACAUUUUACCUACCGUCGAAUGGCCCAGUGGUUAGGCUCAAAUGUUUUCGGUAGUAGCCGCGACGUGCGCUUUGGCGCAAUGGGUCCGCCAACGUUCCAUCCUAUGGGUCUACUCUUGCAGGCGACCUACCCACUCGUUACGGGCCGCGAAGUCGUGAUCUACACCCCACAGCACCCUGCACCGCCGGUUGUCCCCCAUCCGCAGAAUGUUUACGAAGUCGCGAAGCUCGCAAAAUGUACAGCGCUGCUUGCAGUGCCUUCUUUCGUUGAGGCGUGGUCGCUCUCUUUGGAUACAGAGAUCAUCGAGUACUUGAAGACACUUACUGUGCUGCUCUACGGUGGUGGCCCGCUUGCCCUCUCGACUGGAGACAAACUAGUCCGGGCAGGCGUACCGCUGCGGAAUGGGUAUGGUUGCACCGAAAUCGGAAACCCUAUGGUGUCAUGGGAUAAAUUACCGCGUACGAGUACCAAGACCGAUCCUGACUGGGUGUGGUUCCGCGUCCCAGUGGAUGCGCCCCACAUUAAGUUGGAAUCCCAGGGCGACGGGACGUAUGAGCUAGUCAUCUACGAAAUCGAGGGUUAUGAUAUCGCCAUGUACAAUGUGCCUGGAGAAAAGGCAUAUGCGACUUCUGACCUGUUUGAGCCACAUCCGACGAAGCCUGAUCUCUGGAAGAUCGUUGGCCGCAAGGACGAUGUCAUUACUUUGAGCACUGGCGAGAAGAUCGUUCCGAUCCCACAAGAGGCUUAUAUCGCAUCAAUCCCACUCAUCGACGGCUGCAUGAUGUUUGGCCGCGAGCGCGAACAGCCAGGCAUCCUCAUCGAGCCCCGUCCCGAGCACGCCAUUGAGCAACAUAACGAGGCUGCGCUCGUCGCAUUCCGCAACAAGAUCUGGCCACAGAUCAAGGAGGCCAACGAGCUGGCCCCCGCGUUUGCGAGAAUCUACAAAGAGAUGAUAAUCGUCACCGACCCAGACAAGCCGCUCUCGCGAUCAGGCAAGGGCACUCCCAUCCGCAAGCAGGUUUUGGUAGCCUAUUCCGAGGAGAUCGAGAAGCUGUAUGAGACGAUCUCCGCGAGCACAAACAACUACGGCAUUGCGCCGCCAAUGUCAUGGGAAGCGACAGAUUCAGAACCUUGGCUGGUCUACCAAGCCACGAGUCUUGUUCUGCAAGGACAAUCCAUAUCUCCUGUAUUUGAUCUCUUUCAACAAGGCUUCGACAGCCUAAGCGCAACCUUCUUCCGCAACCGCAUCAUCGGCGCCCUGCGCGCCUCCGAGAGCUCUAGUGUUCGCCAGGCCGCGCAACGCAUCUCCUCGAACUUCGUCUUCGAGCACCCGACUAUCGAACAGUUGGCCGCCACGUUGAGGUCGCUCGUUGACCCAUCUGGUGGCGCAGACGCCGCAACACUGCAUGCACGCACGCGUGUGGACGAGAUCCGGGCUAUGAUCGAAAAGUACUCGGACGACCUGCCUACAGCGCGGGCGCAGGCAUUUGGUCGCGGCGCGGCACCCAUCGUGCUUCUCACGGGGUCGACAGGCAACAUUGGCUCUCACAUCCUCGCGUACCUCCUCGCGGAACCGCGCGUCGCUCGUGUAUACACGCUCAAUCGACCAUCGGCGGACCCUCGCGGACGGCUGAAGGCUGCGCUCAGCGAGCGUGAUCUGCCGGUGAAGGAGCUCGACGGCCCGCGGCUUGUCUUACUCGCAGGGGACGUCACGCGCGACAACUUUGGGUUGGAUGACGCACAGUACCGGGAGGUCAUUGCGUCCGUGACUCACAUCAUCCAUAGCGCCUGGACGGUCAACUUCAACCUGGCGUUGCAGUCGUUCGAGGAUCAGGUCGCGGGUGUGCGCAAGCUAGUGGACAUCUCUGCCGGCACAGAUCGCCCUGUGCGGCUGCUGGUGACGUCCUCCAUCGGCAUCGCAAACGCAUGGGACCCUGCGAAGGGCCCCGUUCCCGAGCGGCCUCUUCCCGACCCCGAAAUUGCCGCCAGCAUCGGGUACACCGCAUCGAAGUAUGUGGUCGAGCAUAUCUUGAGCGCCGCGCGGGAAAGGGGCAUCCCUGCCACCGCCAUGCGCAUGGGCCAGGCCUGCGGCCCAAGGGAGACGGGCGCAUGGGGAACGACGGAGUGGAUGCCGAUCAUGACGAAGUCGAGCGUUACGCUGGGCUGUCUCCCUGCCAUGAGUGGUCCCGUUGCGUGGAUCCCUCUCGACGCCGUGGGCCAGGCGUACGUCGACUGGGUCCUGGAGGAGGACGUGCUCCCUGCGCUCGUGAAUGUCGUCCACCCACGCCCGACGAAUUGGGACGUCGUCCUCCGCGGUCUGCGCCAAGAGCUCGGCGGCAACCUUCCCAUCGUCCCUGUGCAAGAGUGGGUGUCCAAGCUGGAAGAGCAUGCAAUGAAUCCGACGGCCGAGGACCUCGCCCAGAUUCCCGCACUCAAGAUCGUGGACUUCUUCCGCUCCCUCGCUCGCCCAGCGCAGGAUGACGCAGGCACCAGUGUUGGCGGUGCAGAGAGCAUUGUCGACCUCGCGUACGAGACCUCAGAGCUUGUGCGCUAUAGUCCAGCGAUGCGUGGCAUUCAGCCCAUGUCGGAGGAAUAUGCUCGCUCGUGGGUGCGCUACUGGAGGGCGAAGGGAUUUGUAGCAUAAUCCAGGGGGAAGGUAGAGUGGCACGCGACGGUUAACGGUCAGCAUCAAUGAUCUUGGCGCAAGGUUUAGAGCAAGUCUCGGCGCACAAUUUAUGGUCGGCUGAGUGUGGGAAAUACUUGUGCCAAUAAGUCUAUGAUUCUAUGGGCCAACUUUGUGGCUCUUUGUGGUCGGAGGUAAGACAUCGUAUUAACUGUGGAAGCGUAGAGAAUUACCUCAUCAUACGAUUGAGACAACUAUUAAAAUGACAACUUUUCUGCCCGUAAGCACAUCCUAGAAUAAAUUCGCUCGAUGAGCCAAACGGUGUGUCUCUGACAGAAA